UUUUGGAGUGUGGCCUGACGUCAUAGAUGUGCGACACACGCACAGAGGAACCACGCGUGUUUUCAGAACCGGGACCAGCUUCGGUCUCAGUGCGGUUCUCUGCGGGUCAGCCAGCGGGUCAGACAGCGGGGAGAUGGAGGAGCGGGGCCGGCUGUGCUCCGUGUGGCUCGGCUCGGAGACCGGGAUCCUGAAGGGGGUCAGCGUGUCCCGGAAACAGGCCUUCAACUUCUGCAACACGAAACACCUGAGCCGGGACCAGGAGCUGCGGGCUCUGUGCUGGGGGGACCCGGCGGAGAGCGAGCUGCUGGUCGGGUCCGUGGACGGAACCGUGAAGACCUUCAGCACCGAGAAGGGCGAGUUCACCGAGAGCCGCCGCUGCGGGGACCCGGAGGACGGCUGCUUCACCGGGCUGGCGGCGCUCAGCGGCUCCGGGCUGCUCACCUGCGGGGAGCGCGGGCCGGUGCGGGUCUGGAAGGAGGACAGCACCGAGCCCGUCGCCGAACUGGACGCCGGGAAGAACGUGUGCAGGAUGCGGCUGAACCCGGUUCAUCCGAACAGGGUCGCGACCGGCGGGAAGGAGAACGGCCUGAAGAUCUGGGACCUGGAGCGGCCGGAGGAACCCACCUUCACCGCAAAGAACAUGCGGGACGACUGGCUCGAUCUACGGAGGCCGCACUGGGUCAGGGACAUGGCGUUUAUACCGGAGACCGACAAAGUGGUGACGUGCACAGGCUUCCAUCAGAUCCAUGUCUUCGACCCGUCCUCCCCUCAGCGCCGUCCCGUCCUGGAGGCUGAGUACGGCGAGUACCCGCUGACCGCCCUGUCCCUGCCCACCGCCGGUAACACGGUGGUGGUUGGAAACACCCACGGAGAGAUCGCCCUGCUGGACCUGAGGAAAGGGCUGGUGCGCGGCUGUCUGAAGGGCCUGGCGGGCGGCGUGCGGUGGCUGCAGUGUCACCCCUCCCAGCCGGUAGUGGCGUCCUGCGGCCUGGACCGCUUCCUCCGCAUCCACGGCCUGGAGGACCGCAAGCUGCUGCACAAAGUCUACCUGAAGUCCAGACUCAACUGCCUCCUGCUGUCCAGCCGCGACCUGGAGCACGGAGCGGGGGAGACGGGGACGGAGGGGGUGAGUGAGGAGGUGAAGGAGGAGGAGGACGAGGUGUGGGACACAAUGGAGCAGGUGGAGGAGAAGCCGAAGAGGAAAACGGGGGAGGAAGAGGAGGAACCACAGAAGAGGAAAAAGAAGAGGAAAGACUGAGGUGUGAUCAGAGACGUUAAAACAUCAUCAGACUCAAACACGUGGAUUUGUCUCCGUACGUUCAUUAAAACAUAGAAGAAGAAAAGGGCCUCACCUUAUUAGCCAAUAACAAUGAAUGUUUUCUCACCUCAAUUACUUUGCUAAAACUUGUAAAUUGAUAUUUUAUAUAAACUUCAAAAUACAACAGUUAAAUUCUGUUCUGGUGAAAAUGUUUAUUUUCAGUUUGUUAAUAAAGAUUUGGCCAGAGA